AUGAGGCUUCUGAUGGUCUCGAUGACCUUGACCUUUAGUGUGUUCUGCAGUGCAGAGGACUCUUCCACCAAGUCCACAGAUAACAUCUUCAAAAAGUUUUUGGAGGUUGCUGUGAAGGAUGAGCAUCACAGACUCCUGCCUACCAAGGGAAAGCACAGUCCAUCUCAUUCCAAAGAUUUAGAGAAUCCCGCCCCCAGGAAGAAGACUGUGAUAGUGGUUGAGGAGGACUCUGGGAAGAAAAAUGUGGUCUUGAAUUCAAAUGCGGAGCAGAAGCUGCCGAGUAUUCUUAGCGAAGUCGAGAAAAAAACAACUCCUUCGAGGUAUCACGAGUCAAAAACAGUCUCGGAUGAUGCCCCCAAGCCUGAAGUCCAGUCGGAGCUUACUUUUGAAACUCCGAUCUCUGCAUCAUUUCUCCUCAAGCCGUUGAGCCCGAAGAAAGAGAUCUCUCUAACCCGCGCCGAGAUAAAAGAGAUAGGAGAAGAACUUAAAGCCUUGGAGAAGAUCUCAAAGGAUCUGGAGUCUCUAAGGAGCCGAUUCCAGACAACUUUGAAAAGACUCCAGGGCCCUGAAAAGGAAGAGAAAGAGACAAAGCCUCCUACAGAUCUCCUGAACUACAACUUCAUAGAGGUUACAGAGACUGGGCAACCGGAGAAGAAAUGA